AACGGGUUCGAUAUAUGAGGUGAUUCAAGCGCUUGAUUUAUCAUGAAUUCACGCGAUUGAUUGCGCGUUAUCGAUGAUAAUCGAUUCGAUAUCGAGGAGCGUGACAAGAGAACUUGACGAGGUUGCGACAGCUGCCUCAGCCACGAAGAGAUGAAGACGGGCCAAGCUGAAACUGGGAGAUGUGGGAUCAGCUGCCGGAGCUGAUAUUGACGCAGAUAUUUAGUCACCUCGAUCGUGGGGACCGUGCCAAUGUUGCACAAGUCUGUCGCUCAUGGAACCGUGCACUUUCCUCGCCAAUUCUUUGGCGAUCUGUAACUGUCCUUAUCGAUCGUGAUCUGCGGGGUGACUUUCCUCUGGCGGGAGAAUUAGCCACCAAAUAUGGACAGCACAUGCGAAGCCUCGAACUCGCCUGGUCGCGACCUUAUAUUCUACCAAGAGAAGCUCGUAUUACUCGCAACAUUCAAGCGGAAGCAGGAGCUGAUUUCCUUACAGUCAUACGGGCUAAAAAUGUUCAAUUAAAACGACUGACACUCACCGAUUGGAUAUUUAGCUGUAAAUGGGGAAACAGAGGCAAACUGUUGUAUGCCCUUGCAAACUUCUUAGGCUGUCAGCACAACCUAGAAACAUUAAGCUUGUUGAACGCGAAUCUUGGAGUAAGCGACGUAUUGCGACUUUUAGCCAGUGUUUCCAGAGGUUCAAGCGACCACUUGGCGUAUAUAGACCUCCGAGGUGCAUUCCGGGAAUGGCAAGCACCCCAUAGUAAUUCGAGAUAUUUGCGUCUGCUUGGUCGAUUCCGAGCGUUGACCAUUUUGAGACUCGACUAUCCAGCCCUAUCGGAUCAGACUCUGAAUGCAUUAGCGAACGCGGCGUCAAAGGCGCUGAAAACUCUGCACAUAUCGGUGAGAGAUUCAGAUUCGAGGCAACAUACGAUCGCAGACACUGCUUGGCACAAUUUGGUCCUCGUUUGCCCGGAACUCACCGUCUCUUACACUAUAGUUAACAUCUCCCAUUACGAAGAUAUGUGCUAUCUGCUGUUGCCCAGUGUGCCAUUGGCCAGCUUUCAAAUGUUCAGCGGUCAUGUGUGGGAUCAGAGCAGAUCUCGUAAUUUCAGAAGCACUGUUGGACUGCUUAUUACCCAUUACACCAACACGCUAGCGGAAGUGAUGCUACAAUUAAGAAACAAUCGCGAGUUGCUGGAUGAUUUGUUGGUGUCUAUGCUCGUACGUUGCAAACACCUAACGAGAUUACAAUACGACGGUAUAAUAAGAAGUCUCGACACUUUGCGUGACAUCUGUCAGCUUCAAGCUGAAAGCAAGACACGUUUUCGUACGAUUCACGUGAAGCCACGAAACGUAAACGCUCGGAAUCGUGCGGUACUACAGGACAUCAAUUAUCAUUACGAUCACAAGAUGAUGGAACAAGGAGUAGAUUUUCGUAUAGAAGAUCCAGCCUCAGUUUUGGUCUUCUACUGAAAUUGUCCUCUAUUCUUCAGGCUGUUCAGCUGUACCUUCCCAUUCGAGUCUCUCAAUAUAAUCAAAAAGAAAAAAAAAAAUAAUGUCUGUUUUAUAUUUUA